AUGGCCAUGAUUCGUGUGUUGGUCUUUGGCGUCGUUUUUUCCAUCUACGUAGCAGGUGAGGACUGCCAAGCAGUUUCAUGUCAAAAUGAGCUUUCAGGCGAUGAUGAGGAAUCCUUACUUCUCCUCCAACGCCGAGCAAGGAGUUUCGCAUCGAACAGCUCGGAAGAAGUGCGGGACUGGUCCAUCGCGGCAGCCAUGGCAGCCAUGGGCGCCGGCCCCACACGUCAGCUCCACCACUUCACGAGCUUGGCAACGCGAGCCUUGGAACUGGGCAUGGCGCAAGUGGGCAUCUCAGAUCUCCUGGCAGACAGCUGGCGCCGCGCUGCUGCCUGGACCAUUGGACUCUGGGUGACCGGCUUUUGCAUCUCCUUGAGCCUGAUGAUGCAUUCUGUGCUGGCAGCGUCUCCUUCACGAGAUGAAAUGGGGGCCCUUGCGUUGAGAACAGAGCGACAGGACGUGACGGUGCAUGAAGACAAGAAGAAAGUUGGGGAUGAGAGAAACGACAUCUUGACCAGCGCCCUAUCUGUGAACAUCUUUCACUGCCUGAGCUUCACUUGGAUGGAUGCAUUCCUGGCGGCUCCAGACCCGGGGUUCCCUUCGCGACUUCGCAGCCUGCCGCAGAUGCCAAGGCUAACAGCUGCCAGCAUGUGGAGCAUGCUUCGGCGGGUUGUAAACCCGACGGUCUUGAUUUGCUGUGCAUGGCUGGUGGCCUUCCUGGAGUUGGUGGCCAUGGUGCUGAUUUUGGAUGGUCUUCUGUUGAUGUGCGAACAUCGGAACGGCCCCUGGAACGGUCCUCAUGGCCCCUUGCCGGUGACCCUGGCAGUCCUCUUCCUGCUGUUCCUGGUGCCCCUGCUCUACCGUUACUUCAGCGCGCUGCUGUUGAUGAUGGAUGGCCUUCAAAUGGCCACCGUGACCAACGAGCUGACCUCCAUGCUGUUUCAGAAGGCCUUGCGGCUGCCUCUGGGCGCCAGCUAUCACGGCCAUGGCAGCGAGGAGCUGACAGGGUGGCAGGUGGCUAUGGCCUUGAUGGAGAGUAUCGUUCAAGAGGGGCCUUUGAUGAUUCGAAACCUGGCGCUGUUAACAGCAGCCCCGUUUAUGGUCUGUGUACUUCUGCUUCUGCAGGUGCUGCACCUGCGAUUUUUUGGACUUUUGGGUCUCAUUCUUCUUCUUCCAGGCGCUUUGAUUGCUGGUCUCUUGGUGAAGUGUGCCAUCGCCAGCCGGACGGACUACCAACGCUGGCAUCAGGAGCGACUUCGGUGUCAGAGCGAGGCAUCGAAAGAGAUGAGGGAACAGAUCAUGAACGCCAGGCGAAGUGAGCUGGUGGCCAACCAAUGGUACUCGGUGAUGAUGGCCAUGCUGGCCGGAACCCUUCAUGCCGUAGUGUGGUUAGUGGUGGUGGCAAGCCUUUAUUUGGCCACACGAGAAACGCAGGUCUCCGCGCGGAACUUGUGGCUCAUGUUGCAGAUGAUGACAUCACUGCAAGCAUGUGUUUCCCUGAUCUUUUCGGGUCUUCGCCGGGCCUGGCACUUGCCGGGCGCACUGCAACGAGUGGAGUGCUUCCUGGCGCAGCCCGAGAUGCCGCAGGACGUGGUGCGGAGGCCGCUCUGCGGCGCCGCAACGCCCGCGCGGAUCUCGGGGAGUUUCAGCUUCGAGGAGGGAGGUCCUACGUGUUUGGCGAUGGAGCUUUCGCUGCAGCGCGGUGAGUGCGUCGCGGUGAUGGGUGCGCCAGGCAGUGGCAAGAGCGCCCUCCUGUUGGCCCUGCUGGGAGAGCUUUUCCCUUGUGGCCUGGCGUGUGUGUCCUCCACUUCCAAGAGGCGUUUUGUCAAGGGCAGCGCGGAUGCCAUGGAUGCCAUGCUUCUGGACGAGAUGCUGUCAGACGUGGAGCUCUUGCUUUGGGACUGCGGGAAGGCCACUGCGCAGCUUGCGCAGCUUUGCGCCUCCACCCGCGCGCGGAGCGUGGCGCUCCUGGUGGCCAUCGGCUCCGACGCGGAGGUCGACGGCUUGGACAGCUUCGACCGCGUGCUGUGGCUGCGGCAAGGGAAGUUGCUGCGACAAGACGAGGUCGAACCUGUCGCUUCGCAAGAUCCAAGGCCACCUCUGAAGCUCCUGGGCGAUGCCUUGUUGGCGCUGGAGACGCCAGGCUCACCGCAGCAAAAGUGUCAACCUGAAGGCCCUACAUCGGUGGAGCCGUUGCCGCCACUGUGGCCCUUGGCCCGGGCCUAUCUGGGCACCUGUGGUGCUGGGAAUGUGACCAUGCUCCUGCUUCUGGUGCUGAUGCAGCGGAGUGUUCAGUUGCUGCAGUUCUUGUUCUUGGCCACCUGGGCUGACGUCGUGGGCAAUGCUCAAAACGUUGACCACAGGAGCUUCGCAGUGAGCAUCGUUCUCACGGUGGCUGUGAACGCCACGCUAUUGACCUUGAGCGAAUGGGCUGGGAGCCGCUUGAGCCUGAUGGCAGGGCUACAUCUGCAGUCCAGGCAGCUCAGCGGUGCAUGGGAGGUGGAUGGCGUCAUCAGUGGCUGGUUGGGCUGUGCCAGGAGUGUCCUUGGAAGUUUUCUUCAGCAAGUUUACAUCCUUCUCAUUGCCCCACAGUGGCUUGCGGUCACUGUUUUGCUGCCAGCCUACAUGUGCAUCGCCUUUUUCGCUUGGAUCUAUCUGAAAGCUGCGGUGCUCUUAGCUUUGAAAGGUGAAGAAUCGUUCAGAGAAGCUCAGCAGAUCUUACACGAGAGCCUGGAGCCAGACCCUGUGCAGGUCAGAGCCAACCAGCUCCAACGCAGCGUGCUGCAGCGCUUCACAUUGGCAAUGUCGCAGAUGACGGGCUGCAGCCUCUUGCUACCUGCCUGUAACAAGUCCUGGCUCUCCUUUCGUGUCACGUUCUGUGUGGCCUUCGCCGCAGCGGCGUGUGCCUUGCAGGUUCUGCUGUGCGAUCACCAGAUCGGAGUUGGAACGCUGGGCUUAGUGAUUUCCCUCCUCUUCGCGCUCACCACUGAUGUGGAAGUUGCGUGCGAGUCCUGUGUUCAGGGUUGUCGGGCCCUUGGGGCUUUGAGACGUGCAGGUGCCUUUGCAGAGCCGACGCUUCCGUGGGAAGCGGAGCCUAUGGAAGUUGCAGAGGAGCAACCGGCACAUUGA